GUAGCGUUUCGCCGACGGUAUCAUCCACCACUCUAAACUGCCGAUGCACUCGUGGUCAUCUCGACCAUCUACCAUCUCGACUCUAUGAAAAGCCGAUAUUUCCGUCUACCAGAAACGCUGCAUCUUAUUUUAAAGAAAGGAUGGAACCGAACCGACAGCCAAUGGUUCUCACAAUGUGAAAAGGGAUCCACGGACAAGGUGACAGUUUACGGGGACCGCGUUAACUGGCGAAGCAAGCAGCCGUGCGGCGGAUGGUGGAACGGACUGGCUGAUUUGACAAACAACGCCACGGGGUGAUUUAACAGUACGACUCGAGAGAAGACUACAGACUUUAGGGCACGGAGGGGCGAACGACCCGGGAUGCAAUCUCCACAUGAUGUACGGGAGCGUAACGGAGUGGAGAAAAUUCUCCUUUCGCUGAUUAAGUUAACGACCAUAUUCCUUCAUCAGUUGUAGUGGACUUGCCAAUGACGGUGUUCUACCUCCAUGGUUCAACCAUUUCAUGGACAUCGUUAGCCGGAGAAAGUGACUGUAAUAGGCGUUUUAAUCGAAUCACAGUAUCUUAGAUAGCCUUUAAUUGACUCCGUUUUGUGGUCUUGUAAAUUACGUUGUGGUUGAGAAGCUUACAGUGAUCGAAUAACCGAGUAAAUUUACCGAAACUUGUUCGUGAACACUACAUCCAGUGAAAAUUCGUUGCGAGAAAAGUACGUUGCCCUGACACCGGAAUGCAGUGGUGAUAUACAAUGAGUGCAGUAGUGCUAUGGAGUUACUACAUUAAGGUGAGUGGUAGAGAUAAACAGAAGAACAGGGAUUAUACUUGCUACUCUAUAACUCGUCUGUCUGUCAGUAUCGCCUCGUGUAGUUGACGCCGUAAUUCACCAUGUUGCUGUGGAUUGAGGUGGUUAUACUAGUCAUCAUAGUUGUCGUUGCAACGGGUGCAGAGAUGGCCCCCGUGUGCCCAAAGGCAUGCGACUGCAACGACAUACUACUCACUGUGAACUGUAGCGGUAUUGGUUUGAAACGGAUACCAGACACACUCCCUUCAAACUACCGUCUCUUUAACUUUGACAAUAAUAUGCUGAGCGUCAUCGAAGAGGAUGACCUGGUUGGGAUCGUCAAGACCAGGUACCUGUCCUUAUCGAGGUGCAACAUCACCAAAAUCCAAGAGGGCGCUUUCAGGUCCGUCUACAACUUAUCUGAGCUGUAUUUGGCGGGAAACAGGCUCAACGCCGUACCGAGAGAAAUUCGGAACCUCAGCCGUCUGCAGUUGCUGGACAUGAGUGACAAUAGUAUAGACCGUCUGGCAAAACACAGCUUCACUGGGAUGACCAAACUGCAGAGGCUUCUACUAGACAAUAACAACAUCACGAUCCUCGCAAAGGGGUGCAUGACUGAUGCCGACAGGCUCCGUGUGCUUUCCCUCAGGAAUAACGGCCUCCAUACCGUCAAAUCAGGCACGUUUCACUGCCUGGACAAUCUGGAAGAGUUAUACCUCUCAGACAACACCCUCUCAAGCCUGCCGUACGGCUGGCUCGUGGGUCUGUCUAACCUUCGCCUUCUGGACCUCAGAAGGUCCUACUCGGCCAACGUUGUCUACGACCAACUGCCGGACGGUAAUUCUACGAAGGGUUGGUUUUUCCCGGGACUUUCUCGUCUUCUAGACACUCUGGAUCUGGCGGAGAAUGGGAUAACUCGCCUUGAAUAUAAUGCAUUCCUGCCUCUAGAGGAGAUGACUCGUUUGGAUCUCAGCGUGAAUCAGAUCAGUGACUUGCCCCUGGGUGUCUUCUCUCGACAGAAAAAGCUACAACGCCUGGACCUGAGUUAUAACCUCCUUACAAACUUAACCGAUGUUCUGUUUAUGGAAGGAGCUGCCUUGGAGUACUUCGACCUUGGGAAUAACUUAUUUGAGGUGCUCGUUUCGGAGCCCUUUAAGAAUAUGGAGAAGCUGCAGUUUUUAAGCUUGCAGCGAAACGUCCUGUACGACAUUGAGUUCCUGUUGAAGGUGAGCCUUCCCAACUUACAGGAAUUGAAUUUGGCUUCUAACACCAUAAACAAUGUCUCUAAAAUUGGACUCACGUCCUUUCAGAAUCUUCGGAGACUAAAUUUGAAAAAGAACAGGCUGGUGGAAGUCCCGAAUGUCCGAAAUUUAACCUUUCUGACCAAUCUUGACUUGUCCUGGAACGGGAUCACGUAUGUCCCGUAUGAUGCAUUCCAAGGGACCAACUUGAGGGAGAUUGACCUCCAGAAUAACAACAUCAUCACCUUGGACGAGAGGACUCUGAUGGAUUUACCGAGGCUGGGUGCCGUACGGGUCGGCAACAACCCGUGGAAAUGUGACUGCGAGAUUAAGUGGUUUGGCGAGGCAUCCAUGAACCAGGAGUGGGGCCGCGACCUGGAUACUGCUAUCUGCGAUUGGCCGCCUAGUAUGAAACACACCAUGGUAGUCACUCAAGACCGGGACGUCCAGUGCACCACCUACCCUCCACCUGUCUCUGUCAUCGUUCUGGUAGUCAUAUGGAUCGUGAUUCUCCUCAUAGUAGCUACGGCAAUACUAUUGCGGACUUACAAGAUCCAUCGCAUUCGGAAGCGACGUCGAAACAAAGAGGGCGAUAAUGAACCAUCACAGGUAGACCAGCAACAACAACCACCUCCAAAGAAGCCUGAACCAGUCAAGGGGAAGGGGAAGGGAAAGGUCAAACCUCCAAUAGGUCAACUUAUUGAGAUGAAAGACAGGAAACCUUUAAAUGGGUUGAAGGUCAAGCCCUUCGAUCGGGAAUUCUACGUGUGAUGACACCAAACAAUUUUUUGCAGUUACUAAAAACGGUAUCUUAUUUAGCACGGGUAUUUUAUUAUAUUGCUGUAUUGUAUGAGGAAGUCGGUUGGCGCCUAUAAUGUCAAUGUCAUACAGCUUGAGGCACUCUAUGUGAGACAUGUUCUCCUUACAGAAUGACAUUUCUCCAUGUUCAUGUUCUAUACCUCAACCCGUAGACAGAUUUCACAAAGAGCUAAGGUUGAUCUUAAGGUAUGCAUCAAUGUUAAGCAAAGUGUGAAUUAACCAUUCAUCUUAAGAUGGGUCUAAAGUGCUUUGUGAAAUCGAGCACUUAGCAGAUAUCACAAAGCACAGAUUCAUCUUCAGCUGAGUUGUCAGUAUCAUCACAGUUAUUUGUAUUAAUUGUUAACACACAUUGCAUAUCAGUUAAGGUCAUGAUUUGCAACUACUAUAAAUUCUGGCUCUUUGUGAAAUCGUGCCCUGGAAAAGCAAAAGGCAAACUGUUUUGCAAGUGGUUCUUGUAUUAUUAGCAGAUGCACAUGGCAAUAGCCAUUGUGAGCGCCUAGUCAAAUCUGAUUGGUCGAUCAAGUUGCUUAAGCAAUUGUUUGUCUGCUGAAGUACAAAGCACAAACAACAACAACUUUAUAUUUUGUUCUUGGUGACAUGAAAGCGAACGUGUGGCCACCAGACAAUAAACUGUUUGGCGACCCUACGAGUUGAUUAUUUGCAAUGGCACCGACAGGCUUCCUGAGUAUUGUAUUUUUGUUUUGUAAAAAUUUAAAAAAAUCUUUUACUUUUGCGGCAAAGUCCGUGGUUGUAACACUUGCUCACAUUCAUAUAAAUUAAUGCAAUGUGGAACUCAUUUUAGAGUAUUGCGGUUGGCAAAAGUACUGGAGGCUUUCAGUUGAAAAAUAAUAAUAAUUUAUCAUAAUUUUAUACGACAAAUUCGACCAACCAAGCCAAGUCAACUGAUGUAUCUUAAGGCGACUGCCCGAAAAACAUAUCGAAACUGGUCGGUCUUUGACUUUUGUAGCUUUAAAAAAAUUAUAUUUGGCUAAUUUGUGCUGCCCAUACCAAAGUUGUCAAUGUUUGUAAACAUAAGACGGUCUCACUUUGACAAGUACUAUAACUCUCAUUGUGCCAUGGGGUGGAUUUCAGAAGGAACUAAGCCUUUCUUCGAGAUAGGACUAGUUACUCGUCCUCACUUAGGACUAGCCUUCAGUUUGAGGUAUCUCCUAAAUUAGGACUAGCCCUAACUCUUUGUGAUAUCGACCCAAGGUUUUGUUGGCCAUAUAAUCAGCCGUCGAUUUCACAAAACUUUACCUAACUUAAGACUAAUCUUAGGAAUUAGGACGAGUCCCAAUCCUGCACUGUAGCAUGCAGACCUUAAGAUUAAUCAAAUUUUUUUUACAAGUCCCAUUUAUGCUUUAUACCAGAAUAAGGAUACCACCCAAACUGUCACAAGGACAAUCUGUGACUUGUAGUUUUGCAUAUAGUUGAAAAUUGGAAAGCAAACCUACUUGAGCAGCCGGCCCUGUAAAAAUGGGUCCAGUACACAAUCUUACCUAUGUGCAAUUGCAGUGCUUCUGUUCCUUCUGAAACACCACGUUACGCAUAGCGGUCAAGCACCAGCCGUGAUCUAUGGCUACGUCUACGACUGUUUCUAAGUGUGUUGCUAUAAGAACAUCGUAUACUUCAACGCACGAAGACGCAUCAAACCAGCUUAAGCCGUAGCCGCCAAUUAUUUGGACACGACCUUUAGUUAACGGGUUUCCCGGGGUGAAAUACAAAUGAGGGAGUUGAGAGUCGAUCUUAAUGUAAUUGUAUCCAGCUCACCUGUUCACUCUAAUUGGUGAACUUACUGAGAAAUCAAUUAGCCUUAACGGUUAAUGCCAUGCUUGUUUGUACCGUGGAGCUUGUUUAUCCAUGCUUGUACCUUCUACAUCCAUGGUCUGACGACCCAUAAAUCUUACCAAGUUGCAAGGCUUGAUGUGCAGUUUGUAACAAAUUUAUCUUUUCGGGUGAAACUCUGGAGUAAACUUGAAUUCAUCUUCUAAAUUCAGUGUGCCAUUCGUUUACAGUGCAUGUUGGAGGAAGGCACAGUCCCGCAAUAGCUCAGUUGGUAGAGCCCCAUCGCAUUAAUUCGGAGGUCGUUGGUUCAAAUCCCACUCUUGACAACUUUUGCCAAUUAUAACCAAUUUGUAUAUAAAGCCAUGUGCACGAGGCUGGACGGUUUGCCCUCUCGAUCUCAUCCGAAGAUGAGAGUGUUUAACCCCUUACAUUUAUCUCUAAUUCCAAAAUGACACAUGUCAAUACUGAGCAGGUUGGACAGAUGUUACAGACAAUCUUUCAAUAGAUUGCUGCUCUGUGACAGCUGUCGUUUCGUUUGGACGUUGGGUAGGUCAGGUCUUCAUUAAAGAUACACUAUGAAUGUCAAGGUACUGGAGACCUUUGGUAAUUAUCAAAGACCAUUGUAUUCUCAAUUGGUAUAUCCAAACAUAU